AAGCAAACACGCAGCAAUUGAGUUGCCAGAGUUAAAAAGUAAAUAAUGCAAAUGCACGCAGAGGAGAGAGUAUAGUUGCACCUUGAAAGGUCCGUCUGCGUCUGAGUCUGUGCUUGAGCUCCACCGAAAAUCCGGCUCGGGCGGCCAAACAAGGAAGACGGCGUGGCGGGUGAGACAACAGCAGCAGGAGUAACAGGACAUCAACACCUCGAUAUCAGCUUUGUGCUAGGUCAAAAUGUUUGGCUUUUCGAAGCUUUUCCUCUUGUCGUUUCUGGCUAUCGCGGCGUCUGCAGACGGAUACAAUGGCAAUGCAGUGGGAUUCGUGAAGCGUCAGACUGGCAGUAAUGGCAACUCUAGUUUCUCUGUAACUACGCAGCCGUCGACUACCUCUCCUGCCAGUACUACCUCAGUUUCGCUCACAUCUACUGCUGUCGAAACGACUUCGACCUCUAUCUCAUCGUCUAGUAGUUCUACAUCAACAACAACAUCAGCAACAUCGGCAACAUCAGCAGCAGCAGCAACAACAACAACAACAACAACGGCUGUUGCUACCACGCAAUCAACUACCUCAACCACCUCAUUAAGCAGUGCCACAAUUUCAACCACAUUUUCCACUUCGGUUUCGUCAACAUCGGUUCCGCCCAUCACAUCGGGUGCGUCAACUACAAGCACUCACAGCUCGACCACGUCCACUUUCAAACAGACCACAACGCUGCCUGAUGGUUCGUUAAGCACUGUCACUGCCGUCACCGUGGUUGCUGUAACCGGUGCCGCUGAGCCGACAAGCGCUAAAGCUGGAACCACCUCAGCAACGCCCAACCUGCAGACUGGUGGUGCGGCUUCGCCUACUCGUGGAUUAAUGAUGGAGAUGUUGGCCAUGUUAGCCGGUGCUGCUGCUUUUGCCGUGGCUCUUUAGUCGAUCACAAGCCGUCGAAUCUUAUGAAAUUUCAUUUUGUUUGAUGUCGAUACUUUUCCUGGCCUCCUUGGGGUGGCCUUUAUUUGAUGAAUAUCAUUGGAUAUUCUUGUUGCAUAUACUGGCGUUUUGAUCCAAGUUUUUUGAGCGGCUUUCGCAUAUCACGAUCCUUACACGAGCAAUGUCUUAUGACCCAUCCUCUCCUUUGCAUUUUCAGCGGUUUAGGGCACGUAUUGAAUUCAGAUACUCUGGCGAGUCAGUUCAUGGCAGCCAUAGAUACUUGUGCCGCUUAUAGGAAGAAAUAAAAAUAGAAUAUCCUAAACAUGGACAUUAAAUGACAAGUUCUUU